AUGGCUGGCAUCAGCAAAGAAGCCUGCAAUAUUGAUGCGCCUGACCUCCUUUCACCGGGCUUAGCAUUUAUGGUGAAGGGAUGGAACCGUUGCAUAUCAUUCCUUGGUGUUUGUCUGGCAGCCUUCCAAGAUGAUUCCCUGCUCCAGGCCAUUCCAAACAACGUCAAGCAGACCUUUGGGGCCAUCUACGCAACGGUGACCACAGCGGACCUCACACAGAUCAUCAACACCAACCGAGGUGUGAGCCUCACGUCAUCGAUCCGGCGCAGACCAAACGCCUUCAACUUGGUACACCAGCUUGAAAUGAUGGUUCGUGGAGGACUCUCACCUGAGCACACAGUUCAGAGCUUGGAGGCCAACGAAGCCAUCGCAAGCCACAUUGCGGCAUACUCAUUGGGGAAACAAGAAAGCACUGCUGCGAUCAAUUUGCUUCAGAAAAUACCGGGGGAGAUCAAGGAAUCUUUAACGUUGCUAGUGAGGAAGUAUGGUCAGCCUCGGUUCUUGAACCAUGACGCCAUCAGUGCAAACGUCUUCAAUGUUGGAUAUUGCUCUGCGUCGGGCAUUCUCUUGCCUUGGAAAUCCGAGCUAACCAACUCAGUGGGGUUACUGCGUCUCCUUGUCACCCGGCUCGAAGCGGACUGGGUUGCCCUGCCGGCCAAGCAGAGGCGGCCAUGGAACCAGAAGGAAGUGGAGCCUCCACCUGUGAAAAUCAGUUUGGAUGAACGCGGAUUUUGCGUGAUUUGCUCUGAAGUGUCUGAAGUUACUCAGUGUUUCUACGCGUUAAUCUUUUUGCCUUGGAUUAUCUCAGGAAAUGAUGCAUCGUUGCUGCGGUUUGAAUUGCGGCACGGGGAUGCCGAUUUGCAGGCAUUGCUGGAACAUUCAGUCGAAGAGAGUGCCCACAGCAAAGCCGCCGAGCAGCCUGGCGCAGCCCUGGACUACAAGCACAUCAACGACCGGUACAUGAAGGGCAAGGAAUGGCUUGCGGGAUUCACCAAGGAGAAGCAUACUAUGACAUCUCACUCCUCAAUUGUGCUUUCCCAUAGCUUGAUUGUCAACAUGCAACAGGAUAUGGGACCCGACGGGCUGACUAUCCUGAUUGUGGACGCCACCUUGUGGCCUUCCCGCGCCCUGGCUGGCCAGCUUUCCAUUGACGAGAGCAUCAACAUUGCCCAGACAGUCAGCUCCGGCAAUGCGCGGACGAUGGCCUUCUUCUGCCUUCCGCAGACGCACACCUCCACAAAGAGAGAUGUUGUCUUGAAGAACCGGCGUUUGUUGGAGGACAAAGUGGGAGCGUACAUGGAUGUCUUCGAGAUCAGCUUGAAUUUCAGUGAUUCUGUCCAUGGAAGGGACCGGCGAAAGAAGUCGCAACAAUGCCUUGCAGCGAUGUGUGGAUCGACUUCGGGCGCCUUCUCUCGCAGCAAGGCCCUCCUCGGGUCAAUCACGGAGAUCGAGAGGAGCAGAGUGGGUGAGCUGCAAAACCCAGAUCCAGAACAUUCGCUUGUGCAGCAACGUGGAGUGAAAGCCACGGUGUCCAUCAUCAAGCAACUCAUUGAUGGUGUCUGGUCGCUGGCAUGCUGGGAGAUGCAGCAGGCCUACUUGUUGGAAGAGGACACUGUGGAUGUCAGGUUUAUGGGGGUCUACCACGAUGACAAUGCGAAGGAGCUCACCGCCUCUGUGGAUCUUUUGGCUGGCAAAGCUUUGGCUGGCUUCUGGGACAGGAUCCCUGAUUUGAUACAACAGAAGUAUGCUGGGCAAGCAGGAUUGAAGGAGGCCAUGUCCAAGCUCGAUGACCAUGCAGAUUUGUCCACGGCCUUGAGAUCGCAUCAUUUGGGAACUGCCAGUCCUGCAGCUUCUACCUCUGCUUCAGCCCCAGAGAACCAGACUCGGACCUUGGCUUCGCCAGAGUGGGGCACCAAUCCGCCCAUCAACAUCCGCAGGAAACUGGCCUUGACUCCCUUGCCUACCAGUGGCUUUGAGAGUUCUACAGAGACCAUUGCCUCGGCUGACCUCGCACGGGUGCAAGGUGUCAAGAUUUGCGUUGGCAAGGACAAUUCGGUGUGGCUGCGCAAUGUGGGCAGCCGUGAAGUGGACAUCCCUGCCGGGGAACUGUUCGGAUUUAACACAGGAAGCUUUUCAGAGCACCUGCGCACCGUGGCAGACAUCUUUUGUGACGUGGCCAAGCAUCGAGGUGUCACUGAAGUAAGGGUGGUGGACCACAGCUUGAGACCACAGGCGUGA